CUCCGUGAUCGCCCUGUCCGCGGGCACCCCGGGCAUGAGCGAGCCCCCGACGCGGCCCCCCGGGGGAGAGGAAGGGCUGGAAACGGCCUGUCCCCCGGCGGCCAACUCCAGCAGCGACCCGGAGGAGGCGGCCGCAGGGGCCAGGGGUGCGGGGGCGGUGGGCAUUGUCGCCAUCCAAUGCAUCUACGCACUCAUGUGCCUGGUAGGCCGUGGGAAUGCCCUGGUCAUCUUCGUGAUCCUUCGCUACGCCAAGAUGAAGACGGCCACCAAAGUCUACUUGCUCAACCUGGCCAUUGCCGACGAGCUCUUCAUGCUGAGCGUACCCUUUGUGGCCUCAUCGGCUGCCCUGCGGCACUGGCCCUUUGGGUCUGUGCUGUGCCGCGCUGUGCUCAGCGUGGAUGGCCUGAACAUGUUCACCAGUGUCUUCUGUCUGACCGUGCUCAGCGUGGAUCGAUAUGUCGCCGUGGUGCACCCUCUGCUUGCGGCCACCUACCGGCGGCCCAGCGUGGCCAAGCUGAUUAACUUGGGCCUGUGGCUGGCUUCCUUGCUGGUCACCCUACCAAUCACCAUCUUCGAAGACACCUUGCCAGCACAGGGCGGUCAGGCCGUAGCCUGCAACCUGCGCUGGCCGCACCCAGCCUGGUGGGCGGUCUUCGUGGUUUAUACGUUACUACUGGGCUUUCUGCUGCCUGUGCUGGCCAUAGGCCUGUGUUAUUUGCUCAUUGUGGGCAAGAUGCGGGCGGUGGCUCUGUGGGCCGGCUGGCAGCAGCGGCGGCGCUCGGAGAAGAUCACUCGGCUGGUGCUGAGGGUGGUGGCCGUCUUUAUGCUCUUUUGGUUGCCUUUCUAUGUGGUGCAGCUGCUGAACCUGUUUGUGACCAGCCUCGAUGCCUCCAUCAACCACGUGUCCCUCAUCCUCAGCUACACUAACAGCUGUGCCAACCCCAUUCUCUACGGCUUUCUUUCUGACAACUUCCACUGUCCCUUCCAGAGAGUUCUCUGCCUUUGCUGCUGCUGCCUGGAUGCCUCAGGAGGAGCCAAGGAAGAGCCCCUGGACUACUACACUGCUGUCAAGAGCCAUGCUGGGGCCCGGUGCAUAUGCCCCUCACUGCCUGGCCAGCAGGAGCCUGUGCAGCCAGAACCCAGCCGCUAGCAAGUCCCGCUCACCAGGACCACCACCUUCUGAAGAGCCCUGUCACCAUCCUUAUGCCCAGCAGACUGCCCUCUCCUGAAUCUCCCCUAAGAAUCUCCACAUGGCCCCCCAAAGCCAAGUUCCAGCAGUCUGUGCUUGUCCUCAGAGCAUCAGAGUUCCUCUGCUCUUCUCCUCUUCCCAGGAUUCUGGCUGUCAGGAGAACACCUCCUGGGGUUGGGACUCUUCUGGGAACUGGUGUAGGAUGUUAGUCAUUUCUGAACCCCUGGCUGUUUUUUGAGGGGUGGGUAGGACUUGUUUCAGUGACGCUGCUUGGGAGAGGACCAUCUAGAGGGUGGGGAGUUGCUCUCUGCAUACUCUCUGCCUGGUGGGGGUACAGCAUGUACUGAGAGAGGGAGGAAGAAGGAUGCCUCCUUGCACACUCUCUUUGCUUCAGAUCUUGGAUGUCUUCUUGCUAAGUGAUACUUAUUUGCAACAGUCUGAGGUGCUUGCUUCUCUUCCCUCCAUACCAAACAUCUGCCUGCAAUCACCAGUGUCCUGGCUCAUCCUGGGCCAGUGGAGGCUUCCUGUGAGUGGAGGGAUUUGGAGAGACAUGGCAUGGGGUUUAUUACCAGGUGUGAAACCAGGUCAGUAAUAAGAGGCAGAGAGGAUAAAAUCUCAUCCAGCUCCUAUGAUGUGAUUUCUUGUCCUUUGCCUUCAGUGUGGGAAAAUGAGAUCUCAUUAAGGUAGCACUUUAUACAUGGUGAUGAGUGGGAGGGAAGCCAGGAGCGGGAAAAGCAAACAGGAGAGUUGGAAUGAAAACUAACCCAGGUUUUUGAUAGAGGAGGCAACUCUAUCACUCACACUAAAAAAAAUCAAAAUUCAGUAGAGCAUCAGACUGAUGUAGAUAAUAAACACAUGUAGUCUGAGCACAGUGAAAGGCCAUAACUUCUUCCUAACAUUAACCAAAGGGUAAAUUAUCGUUCCCAGAAGGAAAAAGUCGGCUUAAGAGGAGUGUCAGUUCUCCUCUUGGCUAGAAGGAGAGGUGGAGGCUAUGGAAUGCUUAUAAUGCUAGUGUUGGACUCUGGAUUGAAAACAUAUUAUUGAAUAUGUAUGGGAUUCUCUUUGGAGGACCUCACCUUGCUUAAUCUAUUGCUGUCGAAUUGAUUCCGACUCAUAGCGACCCUAUAGGAUAGAGUAGAACUGCCGCAUGGGGUUUUCAAGGAGUGGCUGGUGAAUUUGAACUGCCAACCCUUUGGUUAGCAGCUGAGCUCUUAACCACUGCACUGCCAGGGCUCCUCACCUUGCUUAGCAUAGCAGAAAUUGAUUGUGGGUUUGGUUGGCCCAGUCCUGGUGGUGAGAGGAAGAUAUGCUGGGGAGGAAGAGGAGAGGGGCAGCCCAGGAGCACCUCCUGCUCUUCAGAGGGGCCAGCAUCAGUGCUCAUUGCUUACAGGCAGGCGGCUUCCAGGUAAAACAUCCAGGGCCUGACAGCCAAGCAGACUUUGCCUGGCUCUGGGUCUUGAACAGCCAGCUGGUGUUUAGAGAUGGGCACGUGGGAGCUCUUGGCCAAGUAAAGAAGACCCAGGCCAGUGCCAGGAGGAAGGACAAGGCCUUCUGCCUUCCACAGGACCCAGGUCUCCUCUCCCUGCGAGCAGGGAAGAGCGAACACAGGAGUGUUUGGGCCUGAGCUAGAGCUGUGCCUGAAGUCAGUAGUGCCUGGUAUAUGGGAACAAACAGGAGGCCUGAGUGUGAUCCUAGGUACAAGUGUCCUAUGACCCCAGCAAGUGACCAAACCCCCAGGUUCUCAGAGUUCUCACCUGCAAAGUCACGAGCUCCUUCCAGUUCCAGCAUAGUUGCUUUUUCACUAUGGCUACAGAUUUCAACUUCUCCCCUUCAGUUAAAACCCAUUGCCAUUGAGUCUAUUCCAACUCAUAGCAACCCUAUAUGACUUCUCCCCUACUCAACGGAAAAAGAAAAGGCUUUAACCAAACUGUCUUUGAACAUAUAACCAUUGCUAGUUACCUCUUAGCUGGCAGAAUAAUUUGUAAUUGGUAAUCAGUGUUGAUUGGUUAUCAGUUGUCUCAUAGAGUUGGGUGGGGAGGCAGAGACAUAGGUCUCUAGGGUCUGCCCUUUCUAGUGGUCUACAUCCAUCUCUGAGAAAAAAUAUGUAGCCAAGUCUGUACUACAUACUAGAGACAUGACUGAAUUGGAGUUUCCAGCUAAGGCGCUGGCCCCCCUAGAGCCCUCAAGCACACACACAUGCAGACAUCAGCCUUCCCUAACUUACCAGCACCCACUAGGGUUACCUUUGGCAUCCUGCAGGAGUCAGUCCCUGGGUCUGUUGAGCUGUGUCUUUGUCCUCCCACACCUGGCAUGGGGUGGGCACCCAAUUCAUGUGGUUGAACUGACUGGUGAUGAGGUCAGGUAAAAAAUAUCACUUGCAAUGAUCAUGGAGGGGCCCUGGUAGCGCGAUGGUUAAGCCCUCAGCUGCUAACUGAAAGGUUGGUGGUUCAAACCCACCAGCCACUCUGCAAGAGAAAGAUGUGGCAGUCUGCUUUCAUAAAGAUUACAGCCUUGGAAACUCUAUGAGGCAGUUCUACUCUGUCUUAUAGGGUUGCUAUGAAUGGGAAUCAACUUGAUGGGAAGGAGAGUUUUUAAUGAUCAUAGGGUGCUGGGCCUUUGCCCCAGCUUGGGUGGGGCUGGGGUCCUUCUCUUCACCUUCGUGCUAAAACACCCUGCGGGAAGAGCGGUCUCCCUGUGAUUCACACUAGGCAAGCCUUCUCUGGUAAGGAAUACGCAUUGACCAAGAGUCUUGGCAACGCUCCUCGCUGGCUGCCCGAGUUAGCGCAGAGUAAGAAACAUUCUAUUUUUAAAAAUAUGGCCUUUUUAAUUUAGCUGAUGAUGCUUGAAACAGAGGCAGUAUUAGGUGAUGGAAAGAAAGGUGCCUGGGAGGCAGGGAACCCCAAUGUGGGUUGUGCAGUGAUUUAACUUCCCUAAGCCUCAGCUUCCUCACUGGACAAAUGCAGGCCUUGCACAAAGGAAAUGUUGAGUUCUACCAAGCUCUAAACUCUGUGCAUUCUCAAAAACACCAGAGAGCUGUGAUUGCUGGGAUGGGGAGGGCAGAGACUGAAUUCUUUUAUGCUGAGUGCUUGUCCCAACACUUGUUAAGCAUGAGCAUUAAUGCUGCCUCCACUCACUUGUAAACCCACAGUGGAGAGGUGGGGCGGGUCCAUCAUCUUCUCUAGCUGCGGAGCAUUUUUGAUCCUUGGGGUUUAACAACUUUGCAGCUGCAAUGCCUCCUGCAUGGUGGUCCUGAUUUGUGUUUGGAGCCCAUUAACAGUGCUGCUGGAGUGGACUGGCCUCCAGUCCUCCUACAGAUGGGUUGUGUAGAACACUCCCCUGUGCUGAUGUGCAGCUGAGACUGCAGUGAACUUAAGUCAGUGAGCAAGACUCCUGGCUGCAUGGAUGAGACUGGCCAUAGUGCUUUCCUCAGUUGUCAGGGAGGUAGGUGGGCAAUGAGGAAACCCUAGGCUGCUCUUGAGAAGCAUCCUGGGUCUUCUCUGUCUGGCUCCGGCGCCCCUCUGUCCUUUCUCAGCACCAUGCCUGGCCCGCUGCCCUGGGACGAGAGUAUCUGUGUAUUCUUAUGUGUCCUCUCAUACGGGAAUGUGAACCAUGCCUGGGGGUGGAGGUAAUGGUUAAAAACAAUACUAAAGCUUCUAGCUCCUACAAUAUAGUAUCAGCUUCAGUCUGGGCUUGAGUUCUUCAUAGAAAGUUCUGAUGGACGGUGACUCGGAAUCAUUUUCUGGCUGCUGGGCUGCCCUGUGCCUAUACAUUCCUGCUCUGUUCCUUUCCUCCCUCAGGUCUUGUCACUCACCUUCUAAAUUGACACCUUCCUGGACCAGAUCUUUAUUUCAUAAAUUCAUUUCUUUCCCUUUAUUAACUGUAUUUCUGUUGUAAGCCACCUCAGUCCUUUGAGAAUUAAGAGGAAUGAAUGAAUGAGUGAGUGAAAGAAUGAAUGUGGUAUUGGAUUGGUGUCUGCAGAAUUAAGGAUUGGUAUAUCUGAGCCUCCAAGGAGACUCAGAAAUUGUGCAUUGAGUUUACUGGGGCCCAGGGUAAUACCAGAUAUGACAUAGGAGACCUACUCGGCACACACUCAGGAGGAUCAGGUGCAUGGAUUUCAUCCUGAAACUUCAUAUGUGUGAUGCCAGCAACCUGACUCACUUCUGCAGACCCAGGGGGAUGAAUGGAGAGCAUAGAUGUCCUGUGUUUGGGUCAGUCAUGGUAUGGCAAGGGGCCAGAGGACAGGAGAUAGGUCUUGUGACUCCUACAUCAAUGCAUCAUUCACUCACAGGGUAGAUGUAUAUUCUGGUGGGUCAGAAGGUACUUGGACUACUACAACCCUUAUAUUGUAUUUGAUGGCCUUUUAGCAAAUGAAGUUUUCUCCAUGGGGGGAAGGGGGACUUUGCAUCAUUGUUCACUCCAUUCUCUCCUGUAAUUUGGAGCGUGGUUCUCAAAGUGUAGUCUGGCUACCCCAUCACCUAGGCAUUCACUAGAGAUGCAAGUUCUCAGUCAGCAUCCUGGAGACUUACUGAAUAGGAAACUCUGGGGGUAGGCCAGCCCUCUGUGUUUUAACAAAGCCCUCCAGGGGAUUCUUGCGGACUCACUCAAGUUGCAGAAGUACUCACUGAGGUCAGUGCUUCUCCAACUGUAGUGCCUACUAACAUUAACCAGAGCAAUUGAAAAAAUCCCAGUGCCCAAGCCUCACUGCCUACCACUUACAUCAGCACCCUGGGACAGGAUACAGGCCUCAGUGUGUGUUCAGAUCCCUCAGGUGGUUCCGAUGGGCAGCAGCACUGUCCAGAGCUUUUGCCUUACUACUCAGAGUUGCCAGAUAAAAUACAAGAUGCCCAGUUAAAUGUGAAUUUCAGAUAAACAAUGAAUAAUAAGUCCCCAGUAUUGCCUGGGACAUACUUGUACUAAAAUAUAUAUAUACAUAUGUGUGUAUUAUACAUAUAUAUAGAUAGAUAGAUAGAUAGAUUAUUUGACAUUCAUAUGUAACUGGGGUUUUUUGUUUGCUUUGUUGCUGUUUUGCUAAAUCUAUGCACACUAUCCAAGUGUGCUCCUGGACCAGCAGCAUCAGCAUUACUGGGAGCUCGUUAGAAAUGCUGCCUCUCAGGUCCCACGUCAGAUCAGACCCGCUGAAUCGAAACCUGCAUUUUAACAGGAUGAUCUGUGUGCACAUUUAAGUUUAUGAAGCAUUGUUUUACUGGCCCUUGCAGUGUUUUGCAAAUGUACCUGAUAUAGGAAUCACAAAGACAGCUAUUAAACACACUCAUUCCCACACCUCUCCCCUGAGUCUGACUCUGUUAGUUCCCAGUGAGGCCAGGAUCUCGUGGGCUGGGGAAACCUGGAUUUUGGUGUACACAUCCACCACAUCCUAGAUCUUGUUGUUUUGAACAACAUAGCAAAGGGCUGUCCUUGUCCCACAGCUGAUAAGCAUCUUCAAUGAGGCAGCCUUUUUUCUUUAAUCCCCAAAAGACCUCAAAAAUGGUCUUUCAAGGAAAAUAUCAGUGCCAAAAACAUCGUUAGGAAGUUGAUGAUUCUACCUUGGGGGGAAAAUGAGAUAUUUAUUAUUACAUUUUGAUUUCAUCAGUUAUAGAGCAUGAUUCCCUAAUGGUCAUGGGAUCUAAUUAGAGGUGAAAUUAAGUCACCUGAGAACCACAUAAGGGGCUGUCGGCCUUGUGGAUGGUGAGCAAGAGAGAGGGCAGCCAGAUUUGGGGGCAAAAGAAGGGUCCAUUAGGCGUUAGAAAUGGGAAAGGAAGAGGAGGGCUGAUUGGGGACCCAGAGAUAGUCAAAUAAAUCUAGUCUGCUUUGCAUUAGAAAGAAAUUAAAGAAGAAAUAAAAGAAUUGAUUUAUUAGAUUCUCUCCAUUUGCUUUGCUCUGUCUCCUCCCUUAUUUUAUCUCUUUUUCAUUUCCUUUCUUCUUUCUUCUGCUUUUCAAUCUCUACUCACAUGUCUCCAGCUCUGCCCCCUUAGGGUCCUCUCGCUUUCCUCUUUGUCUCGCUCUCUGUAGGAGGUAGAGCACUCAUUUCUGACAUUACAGAUCAACACCCUUUGAGCAUCUGUUUUGGAUCCCACUCUGCAGAAGGCACAUGUGCACAUACACAUGCUUUUGGGAGGAGACAAGGCACAAGCUCCCCCUGAAAGCCACCCAGCGGAAGAACCCCUGAGGAUUGAGUCCAUCCAUGUUUCUUUCUGGUCCCCAGUAGCCUGUGUCACAGAGCUAAAGAAUGUUGCAUGUGACUUGUUACAUCCAUUGAGCAAGGCAUCUUGUUUUCCAUGUCCAAAUGCCAUGCAUUAAACUUUCUGUGUUUUUCAUACCGGUAGAUUAUAAAAAAUACUACCUCCGUUGAGCUGCUUUUUUACUUGAUCACACCCCUUGGUUGAUUUUUGUCUCUGGGUCAGUCUACACCAGCAAACGGGAGAAGGACUGGUUGUGAUUGUUUGGAGACAAAUCAAAAUCUAUUGCCAUUGAGUCAAUUCCAAUUCAUAGGUGAACCUAUAGGACAGAGUAGAACUGCCCCAUAGGAUUUCCA